UGACCCAAACCCCUGACCUUUCUGUUCCCUCCACUUUAUUACCCUAUAACUCUCCUUUUGUCAAUUGCCUUUUUAAUUCUCCACUUUCCAAAACCUCCUACUUAUUAUUUCCAAUAAUUUUCACUUUAAAAUCUUUGAGAAACCAAAGGAAGAAUUCUACACCAUUUCUAAUUUUCCAUAAAUUAAUUGCCCUUUUCAUUGCAUAUUCUUGGGCAUUAAUCUGCCGCCAUUAGAAGAGAAAAUGAAUAGAAUGAUUGAGAAAUCAAAGGAAGAAUUACAAAUGCUUGAAACUAAUCAUCCUUAUCGUUUUGAUUACCUUAAAAAUGAGCUUAAAUCAUUUAUCACUCUUCUAGAAUCUCAAUUUCUUCCUGAACCUUUGCCUACUACUUCAUCUACCACCACUCAAGCAUCAACAAGUAUGAAGAGGAAAAGGGUCAGUUUGAAAAGGAGGAAGGUGGAAAAUGGAGGAUGGGAAAAUGAUUAUAGUAAAAUUGAAUAUAAUAAUAUAAAGGUAACUAGUCAUAGAGAUAGAGUUGAUGUUGUUCUUGAAAAGGCUCAAGCUUGUUUGUGUAAGAUUCAAGAGUACAAAUGUAGUAUGGUGUUUGCUGAAUAAAAUUUCAAUAAUAUGUAGUAUGGUGUUUGUGUAAGGUUCGGAUUCGAUAGGACAAUUAUAUUUACAGAGUACUCCGUACUGAUUUUGAAUAAAACAAUUUUUUGUAACGAGUUGUAUAGGGUAUUAUGCUCAAUCUUUGUGCUACUUUGCUAGAUUGUGGCCAUGUUUGGUAAAUGACUUUUUAAUGGCUUUUUGGUUAGCUUUUGACUUUUGUCUUUUUUAGAUGGUCAAACAGCAAAAAAAUGUGUUUGGUAAUUGACUUUUUAGUCAAUGAAAAAGUAAAUGUGUUUGGUAAUUGACUUUUUAGUCAAUG